AUGUCCAGCACUCUCAUCACACGGGCAGCAGCUCUUGCUGCUCCAUCAAGGACAAUUGCCGUCGGCAUCAUUGGAACGACUCACAUUCUCACAGGAGGACAGAGAGGAUAUGCUUCGGCAAAGAAGGCGCCCAACUCUCUCCCUGGCGCCAUGACCUUUACUGACGCUCUUGCCGUCCUUAAGGCAAAGGAGGUCAGCAAACCCAACCACCUGGUUGAAGUCCACAUUCAGACAAACACCAAAGCCGAGAAGCAUUCCCAACCGAUCCGCACCUCCGUCCUCCUCCAGAAGGCUAUCAAACAGGACUCCAUCAUCCUUGUCUUUGCCGAGGGCAAACUCGCCGAGGAAGCGCGCGCCUCUGGUGCUCAAAUUGUUGGAGGCCCCGAAUUGGUCAAGGAGGUUGAGGAGGGCAAGCAUAAGUUUGACAAGUGUAUUUCGACACCGGGCAUGUACCCUGGUGUUACGAGGUUGGCACGUAUCUUGGGACCUAAGGGUCUGAUGCCCACGACCAAGAAGGGCACGGUUACAGAGGAUAUUGCCGGAGUGAUUAAGGCCCAGACGGCAGCUUUCGAUAUCCGUGGCGACAAGAAUGGCGUUGUGCACACCAUCAUUGGAAAGGUCGACUGGGAUCAGAAGGAUAUCGAAGGAAACUACCAGAUCAUUUUGGACCAGAUGAAGGUCCUCGCCGCAGAGCGCUUCGUCAAGAAGGACUGGGUCAAGAACGUUUACAUUUCAUCGACACAAGGACCCGGCAUCCCAUUGAUCAGCAACCCUUAG